AUGAUGGUGACCUACAACAACAGUGAUGGCAUGAAAUUCCUACUUCUUGGAAUCACUGAUAAUCCAGAUGCACAGGCACCAAUGUUUCUCAUAUUUCUCAUUAUGUAUCUUCUCACCGUUUUAGGAAACCUCAUUAUCCUUAUUGUUAUUUGUGUGAACCCAGCACUGCAUAAUCCUAUGUACUUUUUCAUCUGCAACCUCUCAUUCCUUGAUAUAUCUUACUCUUCAGUGACUCAGCCCAAACUUCUCUCCAUUCUUAUAACAGGUCCGAAUGAGAUCUCUUUCAAUGACUGCAUUGGACAACUCUAUGUAUUUAUGUCAUUGGCAUGUACGGAAUUUGUUUCAUUAACAGCUAUGGCUUACGAUCGCUAUGUUGCCAUUUGCAAGCCUUUACAUUAUUCAGUUCUAAUGAGAAAAAGAGUCUGUUUACAGAUGGUUAUUAUUUGUUGGGUGGUUGGAUUCCUAGAUCCACUGGCUCACACUGUGGUCAUAUCAAGACUACCUUUUUGUAAACCACUUAUCCUGAAUCACUUUUACUGUGAUCUGUCUCUGUUGCUCAGUCUGUCUUGUGUUGAUAAAUUUUUAAUUGAAAUUAUGACUUAUAUAGUUGGCUCUGUGGUAGCUCUUCCUGCCUUUUUGCUAACACUAGUCUCAUAUGUUUUCAUAAUAUCAACCAUCCUUAAUAUAAGUUCCUCCUCUGGUAGACACAAAGCCUUCUCAACGUGUACGUCUCAUCUAACUGUAGUCACUCUUUUCUAUGGCACUGUCUUAGUCAUGCAUAUGAGGCCUUCAUCACAUUAUUUGCUUAAACAAGACAAACCCUUGUCUGUGUUAUACACUGCUGUUAUCCCAAUGAUGAAUCCUCUGAUUUAUAGUUUCAGAAAUAAAGAUGUGAAAAAUGCUCUAAGGAGGCUCACUAAUAAUAAAAAGUAUAUUUAA